AUGAGCAUGAGCAUGGGUAUGGGUAUGGGUAUGGGUAUGGAUGCACAUGUGCAUGGCUCACCGACUCGCCUGUACCCCGCUCCAGCAGAGGCGAUGGCCUUUUGCGGGCUCACGACAGGCCGUGUUGGGCAUGUCCCUACAGGGUCCGCGGCACAACAUCGGCCCACACACGACCCGACAUGUCCUCUAUACACACUACAGUGCUCGACUCUACAGACACCACGCCUAGCACUCGUCCUCCUGCAGGUGUGCUGCCCGCAAACCAAUGCCUACGCCGCAACACACAGCAUGCAAAGGCCCGCCAAGGCGUGUGGGGAAGCCGAAUACACACAUACUACGCACACUCGCGACAAUGAUACAUAUCUACCACACCAACCACGUCCUGCUCCUGAAGAACUGCGCGAACCGAGUCUCACGUCGCCAGCCACGUCCGCUAGUCUCGCCGGCACGCUGCAAUCGACUCAUCGCAUGGCUAGCCGUCCAGGCUGGCGGGACGCGCGACGUAAUCGAAUCGACGAAACCAGCCCUGCAGAGCGCCCAACACUAAUGCCGCUACUACUGCAUCCACACUCUUGCCGCGGCGACUGCAGCACGCCGUUGAUCCAACUGCGUUGUUCUACCACCGCCCCAGGCCUCAGGCGCGGACGUGGACGCGAUGAGCGCAACGACUCAUGA